AUGUCUGGUGAAGCAGCUAGUCGCAAGCGCAAACGGGAAUCAUCGCCAGUCCGCGAACUUGCCUUCAGAUUGGCGACGCAUCCGGUACUGCCUGAUAGAGCAGGGCCAGUCCUAGUCAAUUUUCCCUCCCUUUCCGCCCCUUCCACUACGCCAUUCAAAUGCUACGUCAAAAGACACAAGAAAUCAGAUGAACAGCUUCUUGUCGUAGGCGAAACCGAUGCCGUUGAAUUUGAAUCCAACGAGCAUGAAACUCGGAGGGUAGCAGACUCGGGUUGCGCCUACCUUGUCGCUAUACAUAACAAGAAAACAUCCUCCCUGACUGUUUUGCCUCAAUCCUUGACCCCCCACGUGCUCACUCGUACUGUCAAGGCACUCAAAUCUAUCCCACCUGCCCCAGAGCCAUCCGCGAUGGAAUAUUUUAAAGCGAAAACCGUUCUUGGGGAGACCUUUGGUACCAAAAAAGCCAAGGCUGCAAUCAAGGCGCGGGAAAGGAACGUUGUUGAUGUUGGGGCUAUGGAGGGCUCGAUUGGUUUUGUUAUGGCGGGGAUUGACAAAGGUGCAGAAGGAUUGAUGACGAAAGAGGGAGCAAAGGUUCUUGCAGACAACUCCCGCCCCAUACCGCCUUUCAAUGCGGAGACUGCAAACCAGGAAGAGGUUUAUCCGUUGCAUGGCAUCAUACCGGAGGCAGAAUGGAAAGUGCUCCAAGUUGCGCCGUUCUACGAGGCGGGUACUACAACCGAUCGUCGCCAGUUACUACCACUUCGAAGUUCAGACUGGGUCAAUACUCGUGUGGACUCAACACUAGCAGCUGGCAAGAACAAAGACAGGAAACGCACACUCAAAAUCGUAUUCUAUAUUUCCUGUAUGAUGGCAUUCCGACGCGAAAUUUCCCGAAAGGUUUCUCGAGAAGACCUCUCGAAUCGGCUGUCCCUCGUGCCCGACAGUGUGGUCGAUUCUUUGGUCUCCAGGUUUUCCCAAACAACUCGAGAUUCGACUCAACCACGCAGCACGCCGGACCUUGAGCUUCGUCUACUGGCCCAUAUGCUUGCUCUAUGCCUCCACGUUGACAGUUUCGCUGUUGACCAUACUACGAUUGCACACGACUUGGCCAUGCCUACUGAGAAAAUAUCUGCGAUAUGCAGAAACCUUGGAUGCAAGAUCACCAAGCUGGGCGAGCGCGAACGGACAAGGCUUGGGCUACCGGAUAGCGUUGCAGAUGAAAAGAGGGCAGUAUUAACCGCUCCAGUUGAAUUCCCGAAAAUAAGAGCAAAGAAGAACGAUAAGCGUCAACAAACAACACUCUCAACCCACAUUGUACGACGGAUGGCGGCAGCCAUGUCCGGCAUGGGAGACACGUCUGGUCUCUCCGUGGGCACUCUUCCUGAGUUAUCUCUAGGCUCCUUUGAUCUCACUUCACAACAAACACCCGCGAAAUUGCGAGUGCCUUCCUCCUCUUCUGGCACUUCUGCCCAAUCCUCCCAACCAAUUGCAACGCCGUCCCCACCAGUUUUCUCCAGGAGAACGACAGUAACAGAGAAGACCAGCUUCUUUGACAACGGGGACGACGAUGUCGAUGGUGGUGCUGAUUAUGGGGUCGGCACGCCUAUUGCCACGCGUCCAAAGCGCAAUGCCCGACCUGUACCGGCUUCCGGAUCCAAGGGUGCAUUGACUUUGCGAGACCAGGAGAAGCACAUCGACAACCUCAAGAAAGAGAACUUCAAUAUCAAACUACGAGUGCAUUUCCUCGAGGAACGUUUGGCUCAACUCGCACCCGACCAGAUCGAUGCUGCACUGAAACAGAAUAUUUCGCUCAAGAUCGAGGUUCAACAGCGUGGAAUGGAGCUCAAGAAAUUGAAGAAACUCGUGUUGGAGCUUGAACGAGAGUUGGAGAGGCUACAGAAGGCGGGUAGUAACCGUGGAAGCAGCAAUCGUGAACGCGAACGGGAGUUGGAGGAGAAACUAGAGGAGCGGGAAAGGGAACUGCGAGAACUCAGGCGAAGAGCAGCAGAUGGUGCAGCAGACGCGUUGCUGGCUGACCGGAAUGCUGAGCUGGAAGAUGAACUGGAUAAUAUGCGUGGCCUGGUGGAGGACAAUAUGGAAGAAUUGGAAAGGCUACGCGAUAUUGUUGAACGGUAUGACAACGCGGACAACCCGGACUCAACUCGAGUGGUCUCGCUAGAAAACACCAUUGCCGACCUUCGAGAGAGAGUCGAAGAUCAGGCAGCUCUUCUUCAACAACGCGAAGAAGAGAAGGACGACCUAGCGGACACAGUAGAACAACUUCAACUUGAAAACGAAGAGUUGCAACAACAACUCCAACGAGCGGAAGCACAGGAACGUUCUGAAAGUCGUGCGAUGAUUCUGGAGGAGAGAGAAGAGAGAGCAGCAGUUGAGGAAGAUCUUAAUGCAGCCCGUGAUAAACUCGCAGCAGCAUUAAUAGAGCUGCAACAGAAAGAGGACGAAAUCGAAGCCAAGAAUACCGAAAUUGACAAUUACAUCGCGGAACACGAUCGAGUCGUUGCCGUUGUCGAAGACGAAUGGCGAGGUGAGGUUGAAGAGGCCAGGGGGCAGGUCGACGAACUACGGGAUGUUCUUGCGGAGCGGGAUUCUGAGGCAAAGGAUCUGCGACUCCACAUCACAGAACUAGAGGCCAAUACGGAAGAUCUGCAUGCCAAGUUUGAAGCUGCUCUUGCUCAUCUUGAAGAGGAAGCAGAAACCAAGGAUCGAACCAUCGAAAAACUGGGCGAACAAAUAUAUGUUCUGGAAGAUGAAAACGACCGUAUGAAAGAAGAAGGCGAACGUGUUCGAGAUGAGGAGAUUAUAGAACGAGAACGACUCGAAGCGCUGUCGGCUGCUCUCAAAGAUAAAGUUGCUGCGCUUAAAAUGGAGCUGGAUGAAAUGACACAAAACUACGAAGAAUGCAGUAAUGAUAUUCAUGCUCAUCGCGCCCGACAAGAAGAACUUGCCACACAUGUCGAAGAUCUGGUUGCCCAACUGCAAGCUGAUCGGGCCGCUUCGGCACAAGCUGCUGCUGAUGCUGAUGCCGCAGCACGGGAACAGGCAGCUGCCUUGCGUGCCGAACGCCGCACUGUUGAAGCGAAGGAGUCUGCGCUACAGAGUGCCCUCGCGGAUCUCGCCAGAACACAAGCUCAACUAGGAGCCAGAGAUGCGGAUCUAGCGGCAGUUCAAGCUGCACUGACGACACUAGAGGGUGAAUCAAAGCGUGCUGGCGAGACACAUACAACUGCCAAGUUCUCGUUGGAACUCGAGGUAGAUCGUUUAAAACGAGAUUUAGAACGGCUCGAGUCUGAGCUAGCGAGGGCUCGUUCCGAGUUGUCUGACGGCGAGAGUAGAGGGAGGGGAAGGGACGAGGUUAUGGACGCCAUGCAUGCCGAAAUUCUUCAACUCAAGGGAGAAGUCAGUGCUCAAACACAAGCGAGGCUCAAUGUCAGCGAAAGACUUGAUGCUGUUCAAGCAAGUCUUAAGGCGGCUGAAGCCGAGGUUGCCGGCUACAAGAAGCGGGUAGCCGAUUUGGAGGCGCGCCUUAACAAGGACCAACGAGCCUUGCUUUCCGCGGAAAGCCAGUAUCGCGAUCAACUCACAGAGCGGAACACGCUGCUUCUCACCAUCUACCAGUACAUGGACAAGAUUCUUGGUGUUGACAAGACGCCUAAAAAGGCUGGUCAGGCGGAAACCAAGCCCUUCACAAAUUUCAAUGUCUUCCACGAUAACCUUAUCACGCGUCUAAAAGCCUUGAGCCAAAUUCAAGUCGACUUCGACAAGCGCGCAAAGGAUGCAGAAGCGCGGUUCAUGGAGAGGCUGACUGAGAUGCGGAAGCAGCUUGAUAUGCGCUGGAAGCAGAUUGAUAAGUUCGAGGCCGGUGUCAAGGGCUUCGCAGAUGCGAAAACUGGUUGGAAGAGGAAGUUGGUUGCCAAAGAGGGCGAAGUUGAAGCGUUGAGGACCACGAAUGUAGAGCUUUCAGCCCAGCUCGCUGGAAUCCGAAAACCCGGGCAGGCGGACUCUAUGGAGCUCCGUGCACUGACUGCUCGAGCAGCAAAUGCCGAAAGGAGACUCAACAACGCCCAGAAUCAACUGCUUGCGACGGAGGAGAAAGUCGCGUCGAUGAACCAGAAGAACUCCGUCGCCGAUGCCAAGUGGGAAGCAAGGGUUAAAGAGUAUGAAGCUCGAUUAAAAGCAGCUGAGGAACGUGUCAAACGCGAACGACAAGGGGGCAAAGAACGGGUUGCGGAGUUGGAGAGCAACCUCAAGACUCUACAACGACAACUUGAGCUCGCGCAAAAGAGGAAUCAACAGCUCGGCGAUGUUGUCGAGGCGACCAAGAUUCCGACAAGCUCGUCUGCACCGUCCAUGCGAUGA